GGCAGAAGUCGACAACAAAAAAAAAGCGGGCCGCUGGGCCGCCACGCCGCACUCGGCACUCCGGUGCCAUGGCGCAGGCCGUCCGCCCCUCCGCCGAGCACGAUGGCCGCGCCGCGCGCAAGCAUCCUCGUGCAGACUUGCCUGUGAGAUCGCCACUCUCGAGACCUUCCCGUCGCGCGCGCUCUACGGCAACAAUUGAGCAAAAAGAAGAAAGGCUUUUACAUUGGGCCGCAAGGCACACCAGCAGGCGGCAGGCCAUUCCUCUCCCAAGUUCUGCAUCAAAUGUUGCGAGCUGUCUUUUGGUUUUGGCGACGCCGAUUGCCAGCGCUUCGCCAUCAAAACGUGCAAGUGGAACAACGUCCCGGGAGCCGCCGAGAUAG